AUUGACGUCAUGAUGUGACGUCAUUUCGAAGUCAUAGGGUGCAUUCGUUUACGCAGCGGUUAGCGCAUCCACUGCGCAUCUCAUCUGCCAGUCACGUGAUACAUUUUACCGAAUGAAUAUCUGCGUGAACUACUGCUCGGAUUGUCUUCUCCAGUUAAAAGACUAGGAAAACUAGAAAUCACAAUGGAUACAAAUAAUAUUAUUCAUAGUGCAAUAGAAUUGAUCAAUGAUAGCUCAUCAGAUGAUUCUGAUUUAUGGACAGAUAGUUCUGAUGAAGAGCUACUAUUGUUAAAUGAUGUGGAACAUAGACAAGUACCGAAAGUUGAAAAUUUUUGCGGUAUAAUUUUUAGAAUGCACGAAAAAACAUUUCAAUCGCAUUUUCGUCUCACGAGAGGUUCUUUCGAAAUUGUUAGAAGAGCAAUUGGCCCUAUGCUUGAGCCUAAAAACAAAGAAGGAGGUCAUCCUAAUGUACCAUUAGAAAAAGCAAUAUUGUCAACAAUAUGGUUAUUAUCAAAUCAAGAUUCUUUUCGAGAAGUCAGUAAUCUAUUUGAUUUAAGCUCAAGUACUACGCAUAAAAUAUUUCUUAAUAUAUGCGGUGCUUUAUGUAAAAUUGUAAAUGAGUAUUUACACUGGCCAAAUCUAGCAGAGUUUCAAAAUAAAAAACAACAAUUUAAUAAUCUCAGAGGACCAAAUGAUUUUCCAGACGUUGUGUGUGCAGUUGAUGGAAUGCAUAUCGAAAUUCCAGCUCCUAACGUCGAUCCUAAAAGUUAUUAUAAUCGAAAAGGUUUCCACUCUAUUAUUUUACAAGGGAUAUGCGAUGCAAAAUGUCAAUUUAUUGAUAUUUUCAUUGGUUGGCCUGGUGCGACUCAUGAUGCCAGAGUGUGGAGAGAAAGUCCUAUAGGUCAGGCACUUGCAGAAGAUCCAACGCUUAUACCGGAAGGAACUCAUAUUUUAGGAGAUUCUGCAUAUAGUUUACAACCUUAUUUAUUAACACCAUUCCGUGAUAAUGGUCACUUGUCUCGGAGGCAAAAGUUGUACAAUGCAAAAUUAAGUUCAAAGAGAGUUGUCAUUGAACAAGCAUUUGGAAGACUAAGAUCUAGAUUUAGAAGAUUAAAAUUUUUAAAUAUGUCUCUCAUAAAUGAGAUGAAAAUAGUUGUUGUUGCUGUUUGUGUUUUGCAUAAUAUUUGCAUUAGAAAUAAUGAUGAAACGGAAUUAAGUAACAAACAACAUUGUAGCAACAUUACAGCAAUAUUGCAACAUUGCCGCAAUGUUCUGUGUUUGCUGGGUGGAAUCUGUGAUAUUUGCAACUAUUUUAUUACAUACACAUAAAUAUAUUUAUUUAUUAUAAUAUUUAUACAUAUUAUAAUGAAUAUAAAUUUUUUAUAAUACAAUAAGUAUAUAUAUAAAAAAUUUAUUUAUUUAUACCUUGGACUACUGGUGAAGUUGAUUCGGAUAAAAGCCUUGGAAAAAUUGACGGUGUACACAAGACAUUUUGAGAAAGUAAUGACGGAUCCAAAUUCUUAUCAAAUUCAGGCUUCUCUUGUUUUUCUAUAUUUAUCGUAGACGACGUCGUGUUAUUAGGAAUAGUUGCAGUAG